AUUUGCCUUGAGGCUCGGGCGAAUGUCUCCCUCCACUUCUCAGCGCCCCAGGCUGAAGCCUUACGACGUGGGUCAGUCAUCGUCGCCUUAAUGGCAGCCUAACCAUGCAGUGCAAUGUUGACCCAAACCGUGAUGCAUGAUGCGCGAGCUUCCUGUUUCGUCCUACCGCAUUGUGAGGAGUGGAUUAUUCGUUCCCAAGGCCCGAACAGAGCCGGCGUUUGAGUCUGCUUCAAGUUGAGGUGCCUCGCGCUUCGUAUAAAGACGGGGGUUUCCGCGCUGUGUGACGAACCAUUACACCCUCUUCUCCCUCCCCUCACACUCGCUCUGUGUGUCUUUUUCUCCCUCCUCCCACUCUGUUUCUCGCUGAUACAGAACUUGGUUUUGGGAGGAUCGAGAAGCCACAUACUUGACGAGCCGCCACGGAGGCGACAUGGAUUCACUAACAAAAAUGACCAAGUUAGGCCUGCCUCCAUUAUUCCACGCCCAAGGCGCCAACUUCACUGGCAACGCCUCACAUCCAUUCCCGCCCGGCAUGGUGGACAGUUUCCUCGCCACGGCCGGUCAGGCUUCGCCUCUGAUGCAGCUGUUCCUCUUCAUCUAUCGCCAGAUCGGAGUGCAGUUUGGCCUUGACCCUUCACUGCUCCUCACCAUGCUUGGUGUCCUUUGGGGUCUAUCAAAGAUCCUCACCCAGGUCUACGGUAUGCUCCAAGUCUUCAACAGCCGUUACCUCAUGUGCGCCCUGUAUGUGGGCGAGAACGAUCAUAUCUACUCGCACAUUAUGAAUUUCCUCGCACACCAGCAGAACAUUGCAAAGGACCGUUAUUUGAUGGCCCAGACUGUGUGGAAGAGUGCAUGGGAGGAAGAAGAGGAAAUGGCAAAUGCCUUGACGCUGAUUGAAGUGGGUGAUGGUGAUGACGAUGAUGAGCCCAAGUACCUCAACUUUGCCAGUCAAGCGGCAAGAUCGAGCCCUCGAUAUGUUCCAGCCAUGGGUACAACCGGGUUUUGGCAUAACGGGACCUACUUCAGGGUGAACCGAAAAAAGGAGUCGUUCAUGAAUACUUCUGGAUGGUCAGCUAUGAAAGAUCUCGAGGAAAUCAAGAUUUCCUGCUUUGGUCGAUCUAUUGAUCCAAUCAAACAGCUCCUUGCAGAUGCAAAGACCAUGUACUAUCUUGAUACCCGACAGAAGACCACCAUCUAUCGUCCAAGCGCCAAGGAAUCUCGACGCGACGGCCAUAUGUGGCAUCAAGUCGCUAGGCGACCUGUUCGUCCUAUGCGCACCGUCGUGCUCGACUCGAAGGAGAAACACGACGUGCUGCGAGAUGUCAACGAGUACCUUCAUCCUGGAACGCCUCGGUGGUAUGCUUCUCGUGGUAUCCCUCUCCGAAGAGGAUAUCUGUUCCACGGCCCCCCAGGCACGGGAAAGACCAGUUUCUCGUUUGCACUGGCUGGAGUUUUUGGAAUCGACAUAUACGUUAUCAGUCUACAGGAUAUAAGUGUGACCGAGGAGGAUCUGGCGGCGCUCUUUACUCGGCUUCCCAGACGGUGCAUCGUUUUGCUUGAGGACAUCGACACCGCGGGGUUGCGGCGAGACCCUGACGAAGAUGCUGAGGAGGAUGCUAAAGAUGAUGCCGACGAAAAAAAGGAGGAUGCCAAAGAUGCCAAGAAAUCCAAGAAGUCCAAGGAGUCCAAGAAGUCCAAGAAGAAGUCCAAGAAGGAGGAGAGCGACGGCGACUCUGACAACAACUCCGAGAGCGACUCGGACAGCUCAGAAGACGAAAAGUCGAAAAAGAAGACAAAGAAGACAAAGUCGAAAAGAAAACAGAGCAGAGGAAUGAGCGGUAUCCUCACAGUAGAAAGCAUUUCCCUCUCGGGUCUGCUCAACGCCAUCGACGGUGUCGCCUCGCACGAAGGUCGCAUCCUCAUCAUGACGACCAACAAGCCCGAAUCUCUGGACGAGGCACUCAUCCGUCCAGGUCGCGUCGACGUUCAAGUCGGCUUCAAGAACGCUUCAAGCGUGCAGGCCGCCGAGCUGUUCCAUCGCAUGUAUGAGGCCAAGCGCGCCAAGCUUGUCAGUAACGGUUCCGCCUCCGGACCCCCCAAGACUCCGUCGCAGGCGAAGACGGAGAACGACGUGGCGUUGAAGCAGACCGAGGGGCUGGGAGUGACAACUGAGGAGCUGCGCAAGAUAUCAGUGGAAUUCGGAAAGCUGAUUCCUGAAGGCAUGUUUUCGCCAGCCGAGAUCCAAGGUUUCUUGCUUAAGCGCAAGAAGACACCGCAGAAGGCCUUGGAUGAUGCAUCCGAGUGGAUCGAGGCAACGAUUAAACAAAAGGAGUCGAAAUCCAAGCAUGCCCUGCUGCCCACACCAGCGACGACGACGACGACGACGCAGCCGACCAUGGCCAACCUCCAAUCCAGUACGCCAUCCGGCAAGGAGCCCGGCCUGAGGCACCCCAGCAACGGCAAGACCAUCUACCACCGGCCCCUCAACCGCUCCAAGACGGCCGAGCUGAGCCAGGCCAGCUUCGCCUACCUGUUCGGCGAGAUGGUGACGUAUGCGCAGCGGCGCGUCAAGGGCAUCCAGGAGCUGGAGCAGCGACUGAAUGUCCAGGGCCACCCCAUCGGGCUGAAGCUGCUCGACCUCCUUAUCCACCGCGAACCCGCGCGGGCGCAGCUGCGGCCCCUCACCAUCAUCGCUCUGCUGCACUUCAUCAAGCAGAACGUCUGGCAGCACCUGUUCGGGCGGCAGGCCGACCGGCUGGAGAAGAGCGCCAACCCCGAGACGCCGGACGAGUACAUGAUCAUUGACAACGAACCCCUGGUCAACCAGUACAUCAGCGUGCCCAAGGAGAUGAGCCAGCUGAACUGCGCUGCGUUCGUGGCUGGCGUCGUCGAGGGCGUGUGCGAUGGGGCCGACUUCCCCGCCCGCGUGACGGCGCACACCGUCGGGGAGGGCGAGAUGUGGCCCGGGAAGACGGUGUUUCUGGUCAAGUUCCGCAGCGAGGUGCUGGAGCGAGAGGGAUUUCUGGGCAAGAGCUAAGCCAAGACAUGGCUGGCUGAACUGGCUGGCUGUGGCGAUGCCAGUAUACGACACGAACGGAGUUUGGGAGUUGGGGGUCUGGAAUUGACUUGGGCUUGGCCAUGGCCGUGAUAGAACGGAAUACGAGAACU